AGUGUGUGUGACAGAGAGAGGGAGAGAGAGAGAGAGAGAGGUCGGGGGUUGAAAACGAUGGAGAGACGCACGUGACUCGUGUGGACGGUGGAGCAAAGACAAUCGGAGUUUAGUCGUGCGUGAGCACUCUCAUGCCAAGGGAGAGAAUGUCGUGAGUUGAUAGGGAACGAUUCCUAGACGAAUGUUUGAAUUGUGUUGGGUAACUAGACUAGAUACACUUUGAGUGUUACAGAAAUAAUCACUUGUAUGGAGAAGUUUUCUUUAGUGCCUAACUAGAACACAAUAACAUGCCCUUAUACUGAAAACAAAGUCUUUCAUCGAUCAGACGACAUAGGAAGGGCUGCAACUCCGUUCAAUGAAUAGGAUUAUCUUCUCCUGAUUAAAAGCAUAAAGACUGGGAGAAGAACAAUAAAAGGGAAGAGGGGAGACAACAGAAAUAAUGCUGUGAAAUGCAAGCCAGUGAGAGGCAAGGCGACUCUGAAGCAACUACAUUUCAGACGACGGAAGAUCUAACGUCAAAUCAGCCAUUAAGAUGACAAAGUCUGGGGAGAAGAAAGCCUAGAUUGGCGACUGAUGGAGUUGAAAUAAAAUGUAGGACUAUACAAAAAAAAAAAGGGCUGAGAGUACCCUCGGAAAAAUAAUGUGACAUUUUGUUCAGAAUCUCAACGGUGUAGCCAUUCAAAGCAUGAUUCUCAAUUCCACGGCGGGUCAAUAUGGCUUCCAGUCACAUGACAACUUCCCAUCCAAUCAAACUGAAGGAGAUUUCUCGACACGUGGUCGUUUAAAUAACAACAUGAGCGCGGUGCCAACCGGAAACGACACGAGCACCGGCAUGGCUGUCUACGCCCCUUCCACAGAAGGGGCGCGUGCUCCCUUUCACGGCGCGUCGGUGUCUGAUUUUGUAACCAGGAUUUGGGAAGCCUCUACGACGCCUCACGGAGAUGUAAGCACUGAGGCGCCAAGAAGUCACGUGUCUGAGCUGUUGAGUGACAUGGAGAAACGUGAAGACAUGGUAAGCUUCCCGGCUGCUUACUUGAACCAGAAUGCGUCUUCCCACGUGCCGCAGUGGACGGACGUAGCCAACCUUACCAACAGGAUGAACACCUCAGCUGGCUGGAUGUGGCAGUACUUCGAUACCACGGAUCACACUACGGCCGUCCCCACCGGCGCCGCCUUCUCCGACCAGACCGAGGCGAGCACCUUUCAGGCGAUCGACCUCUCGCCCGUACUCACCCUCAUCCCCUCACACAAUCCUCAAGCAGACAUUGUGCUCAACGUCGGCGUGGUCUCGUGGGACGUGAUCUUCAAGGUCAUGGUCCUGGUCAUCAUAUCCUUAGUGGGAUUCGUGGGCAAUGUCAAGGCCAUUUGGAGUGUAGUCAAGGAGAGUCACCUGCAUCGUCCACCUUUCUACUUCCUUCUCAGUCUUGGUGUGACUGACCUGUCCAGGGCUGUCUUCUGUCUCCCGGUGGUCAUAACAACCGUCCUGAAUGGGGCACAAUGGAGACAUGGUGAAUCAGCUUGCAAGUUGUUUGCCUUUGCGACCUCCUUCUUCAUCUUCAGUUCGGCCUUGUCCCUUCUGGCCAUUGCUAUCGACAGGCACGUCUCCAUCGUCUACUCCAAGACCUACCGACGACGCUCCUUGGGAAUCGCCAACCUGGUCGCCGCCAUUAUCAUCUGGGUGGUUGCGUUCUCCGUCUCGUUCCCUCCAGUCGUGGGGGUUGGGGAUUACGUCUUCAUACCAGAGGAGGCCCAGUGCACCUACCAGCACAAGCAUUACAGCAGCAACGACUCUGUCGCCUCGGUCCUCGUGUUCCUGGCCAUCCUCUUCCUGACCUACUUUCUCUACUUCCGGAUCUUCCGCUUCUUGAGAGCGCACAGGCGCAUGCGCCCCCUUCAGCACACCCCGGCCAGGAGCUCAAAUUGGGCCUUCGUGGGCCCCGGGGCCAACGGACAAGCGUUCAUCAACUGGCUAAACGGGUUCGGGGGUCAAGUGCCAAUUCGACAGGGGGGACAGAGGACGGUCCAGCGGCUCAACUUCGGACGAGUGGUCAAUUUAUCGACGGCCAAAAACGAGCACUUGACUAGGCUUUUCCUAAUAGUAACCUUAGUGUUUGGUCUGAGUUGGACGCCGUACGUUGUACUGUCUUUGUGGAGAAUUUUCUUAGAUGAUUCACUUCUGCCUCACCCCUACGUGACGAUCUCGGCCUGGCUGGGUUACGCUCAAGUGGCCUUCUGCCCUGUGGUGUACUUUAUGUGCCGAGGGCCUUCCAAAAAGGGCCAUAGGACGGUGUAUUCAGAAGCAGAGAAACGGGAAUUUCUUUUGGAAAAUAAAAUUGGAAAAUGAGGACAAAGAAGAGAUAGUGUUGAAGAAAAAAAGGUACAGAUUAUAUUAAACAGUAUUAGAGAGAAAAUAAAAGAGGAACGAAUUUUUGCACUUGUAAAAAUGUAUAAUUAUUUAUUGUAUUUAUUUUUUGCACAUUGUCGCAAUGAAAGUAAUCACAGCUAUCCGCCCUUACACAGCAAAUUAUUAGUUCUGCCUCUAUCAAGUAUUACUCGCUACAUUAAGACAUAUAAUUCUUAAGUAAUCUUGUAUUAGUUCGUUAAACAAAUGAUAUAAGUUAAUUUGUUAAAAGGUGAAUGUUUAAAUAAUGUUUACUACGUAUAGUGUUGAAAAGUACAAAAAAAGAAACAUGUAAAAGAAGACAGCAAAAGAGCAACCAAACAACUUCAAAUUCAUAUGAGCGCUGCAAACGUUAAGUUAUAGACAUCGCUUUACACUAAUAGAUCUGUUUCCUUUUCAUUUAAUAUUGUCUUUCUAUUUAUGGCAGUGUGACAUUAAAGUAAAGUUGAAUUAUCUUAAUUAAAGUAAUCUAAAAAUAGAAUUGGAAAAAUCUCUUCAGCAUCAAUCAGCUGCAAGGUUUUACUCAUAAAAUUGUAUUAUUAUUAAUAUUGACUGGUAUUUGUUUCUGAGUAACAACAGUGUUGAAGUAGACCAUUGUAUGUUAUACUUUAUAAUGAAAUAUUCACUUUCUUUAAGACCAUAAAAAUAAUGUAACUAAUAAGUUGAUCUAGCAACACCUUCAACACAUUUUUCAUACCCAUGUUUGUUAAAUUACAUGUGUAUUUGGUUCAACAAAAUAAUAGCUCUUGAAUACAACCGACUGGUUCACAUAAAUUACUAAAUAGUGACUUACUUAGGAAAAGCAUUGAAAGAGCAAUUUAUUGUAUUCUUUCUUCUUAAAGAUUUAUGAUCUCCGGCUCCAUGUUUUGUUGUUGUUUUAUAUACAGAUUAUACACUAUUUAUCUACUACUUCAAGUACUGGAUCUGUUUCAAAGUAAUGAUUAAAACAGAAAUAUUUUCCUUAUAAUAAUCUGCCCUCACUCUGUCCAUAAGGUUCCAUGAAAUCUGGGACGAGGAAUUAAAGAAUUAAUUUCACCAGCACCACCAAAACAAUGCACUACUUGGUUUUAGUGUUAGUUAGAGGUCAAGACUUUAGAUUUCCCCUCAACGACGUCACAUUGACGUGUUCACUCCUAAACAACAAAUCUUGUUUGAAAAGUGACCAUUAGCUAGAGGUAUUAAGAACUUAUUUCAUACUGUAAGUUUUUAAUUUGAAAAAGAACUUUGUUGCUCCCAUUUAGAAAGUCUUUCUUGACCACAAUCAUUGUAAACAGGAUUUGUGUUUCUAUAGCGUAAAAAGAAAAUACAAUAUAUGUAAAGAUACUUAUAUAAAAUUUAGACUUUAUAAAGAGGAUUAUAUAAAAUUUAGACUUUAUAAAAACACUUAUUUAAAAGUUGGAGGCGCCAUGGCUGAGUGGUAAAGUGCUUGGCUUCCGAACCGGUAGUCCCAUGCUCAAAUUCUGGUGAAGACUGCGAUUUUAAUUUCGGGAUCCUUAUAGCGCCUCUGAGUCUACCCAGCUUUAAUAGGUACCUGACAUUAGUUGGUGAAAAGUAAAGUUGAUCGUUUUGCUGGCCGCGUGUCACCCUCGUUAACCAUAAGCCACUGAAACAGAUGACCUUUACAUCAUCUGCCCUAUAGACCGCAUGGUCUAAAACUUAGGCUUCAUAAAGACAUUUAUAUAAAAUUUAGACCUUAUAAAGACACAUAAACAUUUGAAUUUAUAAAGACACUUAUAUAAAUUUUCACUUCAUAGAGACACAUAAAAUUAGAAUUUAUAAAGACAUAUACAAUUUAGAUUUGAUAAAGACGCUUAUAUAAAAAUAUUCUUUAUCUUUAUUAUAUUCAUAUUAUAUAAUCUAUGAUUCAAGCAUUUGUAAGUUAGAAAGAUGUAACAUUCAUAAAUCCAAAGUAAGAUUAUCCUGGGCACUGAACAUUAGGAACACAAUUUUGUCUUCGACAUAUUUUUAUUAUUUAUCAAAACUACAUCUGUUCAGAGGAAAGAACUCCAAAAAUGUGUUGCUAAAAUCAAAAUCAAGAAUAUUGAAUGAGUACUUUGUGAUUAUGUUUUGCAGAAAACUCAAUGUAUAUAAUGGCGCUAGCUGCGUGAAAAUGUGGGUUUGCAUCUAUGAGGGAUACGUGAAUGUGUGUGUGUGUGUGUGUGUCAGAUGUCAUUGCCUUUGUUGCCUAACAAUAAACAAUGUACACACCACUUUA